AUGGCGUCUACCCCCCAUAAGUUGUUGAAUGUCACUGGUGAUUGUAUCCAGCAAGCCUGGCACUGUACCAGCCACAAUUUGCAAAAAUACAUCGAGGCACUGAUGAAAAGCAAGGCCACAAAUACAAGAGCUUUUCCCCGUAAGACAUCACUCCCUUGCUCAAUGAGAGAAACAAGAUUCUUUUCCUCUACUAAAGGCAUAAGGUAACGGCCAAUAUUUGUAAACAUGUGACUUCCAAGCAUGGCCAUGUUUAAGAGAUUCAGGCUUAUUUGCUGCUCACGUUGACUACCUUUAACAAGAGCAGCUGCAGUGUCCUUGAACGAGAGCUUUUCUAUUACUGUUUGA